AUGUCGACAAGUAAGAAACUUUCUCGAGAACAAAAGGGGAAGAUGCGUGCGGCCUCGUCGGGAUCUGGUGAUGACUUAGAGACGGUCCGUGGUUCUGAAGGAAGCCAAGAGGCGGUUCAUCGCGAGGCGAUGAUGGAUACAGAGAACUUGAGUCGUGCGCAGCGCGUUCUUAUUUCGGAAUCGAGAGUGCAGUCGCGGAAGGACGACGACGGUCGUGAUCAUGUUGACGAUCAGAUGAUCCCGAUAAGCUUUUAUCCGGGGAACAUCUUCGAGGAGCAACCUCCGCUUGAUCGGGAGCGCGUGCGUCCUUCGGUCGUCGAAGGCCAGGACUGGCGGGGUGUCGAGAAGACGAGGUCGACCGUCGAGUCGGUGACGAGACUCCUACGGGCUCGCGACGCAGCGGGGGUUACGUUUAUAAUCCCGAAUAGCGACCAGCGGCCCUGGUCUCCUCCGAAAGGCUACCAGUGCGUCUACGAGUCGUACUUCGAGGGCGACACGAAGCUGUGGUUUCCGAUUCCUCGAAUCGUCACUGCGUUUGCGAUGCGCCGAGGAGCCGCCCUUAGCCAAUUUCUGAAUGGUGCGUGGCGGCUGGCCGUGGCACUGACGAUUAUCGGAGCAGAAGCUGGUGUUCCUCUCAACGUCCGAGCUUUCGAGGAAUUAGUGUCAGCGAAGAUAAAGGGCGGACUGAUUUCGCUGAAGAUCCGCCCCAACUAUAACGUGGUGACCGGCUACCCCAACAAGACGAACAACUGGCAGCGGUCCUACUUCUACGUCAAAUCUGACAGGGCUGCGUUCGAGGAGCCGCUGAGGACCGGCUAUCGUGUUUUAUGGGCCCGAGAGAUGGUUGCUCUUCCGAACACCGCAGAGUACGAGGAGGACUUUUUGACGAGCGCGCGUCUGAUCGCAUCGCAGAGACAGGACCAUUGGAAUAAUUUUUCCUACCGGAGGAUUAGUCGAUCGAUCGGGUGGAUUAGUCAGCAGGUUUGGCGUUCGGACACGAUCCCCAUUGUCACGAAUAAGACGAAGAGGGUCAAUUUGUUCAAUUCGGCCGAGCAGAGGGAGAUAAACCGAGCAAGAGCGAUGAGGACUAUUCCAAAUUUGAGUUUGGUGGUUGCGAAGAAAGUCGGCUCCGCAAAGAAAUCUCAGCCCGAUACCGCGGGCUCGCCUAAUUUAGGAGAUCCGAGCGCGACCGAGUCGGACGCUGAGGCUCAGUUGGUUAGAAAGACCAACAAGAAGAGACAGCGCGAAGAGGAGGGCGCGGCUGUCGAGGAAACGAACGUUGGGGCUUCCUCUCCUCAAGGGCAUUCUGGGUCAGAGGGGAGAAGGAAGAAGGCAAGGGGCGAUUCUCCCGCGAUCCGAUCCUCGUCCGUUGAGGAAGGCGAGCUCAGGGACCUGGAACCGAGCGGUGGUUCCAAAGAUGAGGUGGUCCCCGAAUCACAGCCUGCGGGCAGCCGCGACGAAGAUCUUCCGGCGGUCUCUCCAAAGGCCAAGAAGAAGGACAAGGGGAGGAAGAGGAAGAAGAAAGCCGCCGAAAUGGUUCCUCGAGGCUCUUCUGAGGAGCUGAACGACGAGGAGGAAGAUGCCACCCGUUCCGGGGAAUCGCUGGGCCCGGGGCGUGAAGUCGUGCCGGAGGAACCCGCUCCUCAGGUCGCUGAAGGGACCGUUGCUGUCCCGAAGAAGAGGAAGAAGAAAAAGAAGGGUUGUCCGGACAGGGUUUCUUUCUCUUACGACCGCGAGGUCCCGCUAGCGCAUGACGAGCAGGAGUGCGGUCGCCUGGUUCGUCAGUUUAGGGGAGAUCGGGGCGCGCUGCCGCCGGUCAAGGACUUGAUCUUCAAGGAGGAGUACAAGUUCGCCGCCCGUACCUCCAUCAUGAGCCUCGGAGACUGGAACGUUUUAGUGAGGAAAUACGAUGAGGAGCUGAGAGGCGCGUUCGAGUUGGUCGACAAGCAGAAGAGGAGCCAUAAACGCGCGACUCGGGCUUUGAAGGAUGCAGUCCGUGCAAAGGACGAAGCAGUUGCCCAAGAAGAAGCGCUGAGGAAGGAGCUCGACGAGCAGAGGGGAAUCAUGGCGAUCGAGUUGGCGUCUGCUCGGGACCUGGUAAAGAAGGCGGAGAAAGAGAAAGCCGAGUUGCGGAAGAGAAAUGCCGACUUGCAAGGCAAGAAUGCGACUCUCGAGAAGGAGGUGGUGGCCUCUGCUUUGAAUUUCUCCCGGGAGAUGGAUCGCUUGAGGGAAUCUCGCAAACUUGAGGUCACUCAUGAGCGAAUCCGCGUGAUGGCGGCAAUGACGGGAAAAUGCUCCCGACGCUUCAAAAAUAUUCAGGACCGAGAGAAGCGCCGUGAUGAUUUCGAGGACUCGCGGU